UCUCUCCUUUAACUAGAAGAUUAUUUUUCCUCUCAAAAAAGCAAAACAAAGCAUAUGCUUUAUCUUCUUCUCUUUGCCUUUAACCCCAAAGAAAGUGGCUUUUUCCCUGCCUUGAUGACCCAUCCAUGACUCAUCCUUUACCACAAAGGUCUCGAGUCUCAACGAUUCAGUGUUUUGUUUCAACUGCCUCUUGUUUCUUUUUCUUUCCCUUUAAAUACCUUCCCACCAACACGGUUUCAUCAGCAACCAUCACUCGCAAUCUCUUUCUCUUUCUUUCUCACAAGUUCAAAACUCAAGAAUCAAGAUCACCACUCAACCCUCCAAGAUGACAUUGAGUGGAGUUCACCAACAAGUCAUUGCAUUUCCUGCCCUCAAUACUGCUCCGGCCAGUUACUUGCCUGAUCCAGCUUCCAUCAACAAGCUCCAAAUCCCAACUUCUUCAAAGUUUUCUUUAUUAUCAGGCAAAGGAAAAUCGAUGGUGCAAAAGAAGAAAACUGAUAGCUUCACAAACGGAGCUAGAGAUCAGGAAAAGUUAGGACCAAAGAUAACUGAAACAGUCAAGAGAAAGCUAUCCUUGGGAGCUAAGAUCCUUCAAAUGGGAGGCCUAGAGAAGAUCUAUAAGCGACUCUUCAAGGUCUGCGAUCAAGAGAAACUCUUCAAGGCGUACCAAUGUUACCUAUCGACAACCGAAGGUUCCAUCGCGGGCCUACUCUUCAUCUCAUCAAAGAAGAUAGCAUUCUGCAGCGAAAGAUCGAUCAAGGUGACUUCUCCUCAGGGAGAUCUUACUAGGGUUCACUACAAAGUCUCAAUCCCGCUGUGCAAGAUCAAUGGAGUGAACCAGAGUCAGAACACAAAGAAGCUAUCUCAAAAGUACCUUGAAGUUGUCACGGUCGACGGCUUUGACUUCUGGUUCAUGGGAUUCGUGAGCUACCAGAAAGCUUUCAAUUGUCUCGAGCAAGCGUUAAACAAUGAUGAACAAUAAACGAAAGGAGCUAAUUAGUGCAGGUGGAAGAAGAAAUAUUUCAUUUCUACUUUCACCUGUUUCAAUCAGAGAAUGUUUGGAGAGAGCCUAGUAGAGACUGACAAUAUUGUUUGUACAAACUUAUUCUUUUUUUUUUUAAUUCUUUUUUUGCUUUUCACAUUUUGGUUUCCAUUGUAGACAAGAGAAAGAGAUGAAUAUAUUUAGCUGUUGAUCUCAGCUGUUUUCCUUGAUUAA